AAUUGAAUCCGCUGCCCGGCCGGCGCAGCGCGCGUCCCCUGCCGCCCACAUCCGCCUCAUCAUCCUUGGUCUCCUCCUCAUCAUUCGACCACCACCUUCCCCCUGCAGGACCAGCGAACUCGCUGUCUUCCUCGACGUCCAUGCAAGCUCGACUGCUCGUCAAAGCAGUCCGGCUGGCCCUGGGGUCAGGCAGGCCGCCUCCCGCUCAGGCGGGAGCGCGGGCCUUGCACACAGGCCACCGGCCGCCCACCACAUUCUUGGGCCGCCUAGUCCAGCGUGUGCUGCCAAAUUCUGCACCUCAUCACACUCCUACGCACGCAUCCCAGAAACCUUUUGCCUACCGUGGUGUACACACUCAACGCUCGAAUCUGUCGCUCUCAGCGAGGACCUUCAUCCAACAGAAUACUGCUAAGUCCCUUCACUACGUCCCACGCCCUCCUAUGGCGUCAAGGGGUAUCCAGCAAGUCGGUUUGGGCAAAGCGAGGAACUUCUCUACCGCGAGCCCGCUAUUCCACACGACUGUGAAGAAUGUACCCAUUGUCGUGCGUGCGUUCGCUCAGGCGGAUUUGGACCUCAAGACGUCCGAACGAGAGGGAAAGGUCAAGACCACGCGGAAGGGAAGAAAGGCGCAGAAGCGUACCCGUGCGCUGCACAGGCUCGCAGCCGACAAUGUACCUGUUUCUUCUACGUCCAACGUCCCGGAGGACCUCGAACACUACUUUGUUGACGCAGUCCCCACCGUCCUCACGCAAGUCACCAUCUCUCUGGAACCCUUCCGUCGGUCCCGCGCGUCGUCCCGGGAUGACAUCAGUGACUCGUCAGGUUCAGACGCCGAUUUUUGGCAGUCUCUCGCCGAUAUCCACGCGCUGUAUCGUCCACACAUGCGGCGUGUGGAAGCCGUCAUCCGUCGCCUGGAGCCGUACGCCCACCUACGGAGAAACGAGGACGUCAUCGGAUGGUCUUACACGUGUGACGACGAAUUCGGCUUGCCAACAGCGGUGAGGUUUGCAUUCGCUGCUCCGGUUGACGAAGUGCGGGGCUGGCUAGGCGACUUCGCCUCGGCGAGGUGGUUGACGAUAGAGGAUGUCACUCCGGGGAGAGAGAGACUGUUUGCCAGUUUGAACACCGAGCUGGAUGCAGUGUGGAACUCUGACUCUCUCUUCCCCGAUCCGAUUACGUCGCACGCGCCGCCGAUGGAUGGCUCGCUUAUCGCUCUGCCCGAGUGGACGACCCUUCCCGCUACGCCUCCGAACGACCUUCCCGCUUCAGGCGCGUCUACCCCGCCGGAUUAUCUCACCGACCUCGGCGAGGCGUGGAUGAGCGGAUUCGGGACGCCGAGCGAAGAAUGGGAAUACGAUAAUCAAGAAGAAGACGUCCUCAGUGAAGGGGAUAGCGUGUUCAGUUUCGCUAGUACUGGACCUGGGGGAACGGGAAUGUCCCUCCAGUUCAGCGCGCAUUGGGAAACAAGAGCACAGGAAGCUGUUGCUCGCUGA